AGGCGGAAGUUUGAAUGUCGCUCACACUCCACCACCGAGGAGCCGCAGCAGGAGAAAGUCCAGCCCUCUGCCCACUGCUGUCCCUGACCUGCCAUGUCUUUCAGUAUCGUCAAAAAGAAGCGCUUUAAGUUUAAGGUGGACUUUGACCUCGAUGAAUUGUCCUCGGUUCCUUUCGUCAACGGGGUGGUGUUCUGUAAAGUUCGACUAAAAGAUGGAGGCUUUACCGAAGAGUCCACACGAGAACCAGUUCAAGCAAACUGUGUUCACUGGAAGAAGAGAUUCUCGUUCAUGUGCAAGAUGAGUGCCAGUGGGGGAGUGCUGGACCCAUGUCUGUGCCGUGUCUCUGUACGCAAGGAACUGAAGGGUGGGAAAUCAUUUACAAAGCUGGGCUUUGCCGACCUGAACAUCUCUGAGUUCGCUGGGUCCGGCAGCACGACAAGAAGAUGCCUCCUAGAAGGAUACGACACCAAGAACACGAGGCAGGACAAUUCCAUACUGAAGGUUGUCAUUGCCACUCAACUGAUGUCUGAAGACCCCUGUUUUAAAACACCCCCGUCAACUGCCAUGACUCUCAGAAUCCCACCGGCGGAUGCUCAGUGUCUCCUGGAGGACAGGAAGGGAGGGGACAUGCACCAACAGCGAUUAGCUGCUGAAGUUAUAGCCAAGUCUCCAUCUGUCCCAGAAAACCUGGUCACCCGUGGUCACACCAGAACGUCCAGCUACGCCAGUCAGCAAUCGAAGGUUUCAGGUUACAGCUCCAAUCACUCCAGUUCCACAGACCUCAGCCACCGCCGAAGUGCGUCGGGGGGUUCGUCCUCCACCGACAUGGGCAGUAUCAUGGAGCCCAGCGAGCAGCAGUCUGAGAAAGGAGACGGGGAGAGCAGGCUCUCUCCUGUCGUCUCUGCACCCGGCCGACAAGCCGCUGAACACAUUUCCACGCCGACGAAAGCUCCGAGAUACCCAGUCAAGCAGAACUCGAUGGAGAACCAGCUGAAGAGAGUUGACGCCACGCGGGUGGAUGCGGACGACAUCAUUGAGAAAAUCCUGCAGAACCAUGAUUUCAGCCACAGUGUUUUGGACUCCAGUGCCGAGGAGGAAGGUCUCAGCCUGUUUGUUGGUCCUGGUGGGAGUACAGCUUUGGGAAGCCAGCACACGCGGGUCGCGGCUGGAACCUUCGAGCAGGUGGUGAUCAAGCGCUAAGGAGGCGUGUGCUGGACACAAAAGGUGCCGACUUACACUGAUGCAGCACCAACAGAAGCAUCAGACGCUGCUGCUGUGCCCUUUCACAAAGAGAUCAAAUUUCUCUUAUGUAAUCCUCUGAAUGUGAACUACAACAGCUGUAGAGAAGUGGCGCCCACUGGUGGUUGAGGCUGAGUUAAAGGCCCAAGUUUUGAAGACAAUACUGGACAGUUUGAUGUUUGUAUUGGCCGUGUUGUUCGAUAAAUAUUGAGGGCCAUGUGCUGCCAUAAGAAAUGUUUUGAUUGUUGUUUUAUUUGAAUGUCGUUGGAAUGGGUUUUUUUUUAAACUGACACAUAAGUUGCCAACAAUGAAGGUAUUCAUUACAGUUGUAUGUGUGUGUGUGUGUGUGUGUAGUCUGUGAAUGUGAGGUGUUCAAGUGUGUUGAAUGUUUGCUUGUUGCCAAGUGAGAAUAAUCUCAACUGGAGGCUCUGUAUUUAUGAAAUGCAAUUUUAAGUAUCAUAUGAAUCAUUUCUUUUUGACCUUACUAUAGAAUAUUGACAGUUUUAUCUUUUUUUAUGAUGUAAUUUAGUAAGGUGUCGAUUCAGUUUUUUUGUGAAAAACUGUGUAAAACAUUUGAACAAUCUCAUAUUUUUGUUAAUCUUUUGAUGUUUAAAUGAACUGUAUACUGUUGUAUUUAGUGCCAAAUUGGAUAAUAAAAUAUGUGUAUUAUU